AUGAAAUUUGCGCAAUCUAUUGUACUUAAUGCAGUGCCAGAAUGGCUGGAUGAAUAUGUUGAUUAUGAUCGGUUAAAGAAAAUUGUAUACCAAACCGAACAAAACCAAGUGAACCAAAUUAAUGCCGAAUCACGUCAGCAAGAGGAAGAAGGCAAGAACGAACAGUUCUUGAAUGAACUUGACCUCCAACUAAAUAAAGUCGCAAAAUUCUUCACAUCCAAAUUUCAAGAAUUCGUUGCCGAUGCAAGGGAAUUGGAUACCGAAUUCGCCACUUCUGCAAUAGGGGGAGAAACCAGUUCAGUUAGCCCUUUAACUCGUGCUAAUACAAUUAGUGGGUACGAUAACCGUGGUGUUCAUAUCGAACGAAGUCUUCGCCAACACGCGCAUGCACAGCCUCCUGCUCGUAUCAUGCAAACCAUAGGCUUUCAAUUCGGCCGUCGAAGAGGCUCUCACAUAUCUCUUCAUCAACCAGAUAGUGUAGCCGAAUUCAACCUCUAUUAUAACUUUCGUGUGCGCUGUGCGGCUACCUAUAUUGCGUUUAAAGAACUCAAAUCCUAUAUUAUGAUCAACAAGACCGCCUUUGAUAAGAUCUUAAAGAAAUGGGAUAAAGUCACGGGUUCCCAUUUACGUCAGAGCUAUUUUGAGAAGAUCGUGAAAGAUGUGGAAGCCUUUAGUCCAGAAAAUUUAGCUACGAUUGACAAUACCUUGGAGCAUGUUUUGGAUAUGUACGCUGCGGUGUUUACGAUGGGAAAUAAACAUUAUGCGCUGGUAGAGCUUAAGAUGCAUUUACAUGAUCAUGUGGUAUUUGACCGGUCAACAGUGUGGAAGGAUCUAGUAGGCAAAGAACGACAAAGAACGGAUGCACAUGUCUCUAUGCCUUCUCAAGGAUUCACCAUUGGACGUUUCUUUAUCAGUCGUAAAACAUUAAUCAAUAUCUUUGGUUUCUUGGUCAGUUUGAUCUUGUACAUUAUUCUCAUGUGUUUUGAUACCAUGGGCCAGAAAGAAGCAAGCAAAUGUCUGGCUCUCCUUAUUUUUUCAGCCCUCAUGUGGGCCUUUGAGUGUAUUCCCUUAUUUGCAACCGCUUUCUUGGUCCCUUUAUUAGCUAUACCAAUGCAUGUAUGUCGAGACGAAAACGGUCAGGUGCUUGCAGCUUCUGUAGCCGCUAAAUUAGUUUUUCAAGCCAUGUUUAAUGACACGAUCAUGGUUCUAUUAGGCGGAUUUGCUAUUGCUGCUGCUUUAAGUAAACACGGGGUUGCCAAAGCAUUUGCUUCCACCAUCCUUAGUAAAGCAGGCUCAAGACCUCGUUAUGUAAUUCUUGUCAAUAUGUAUCUUGCCACUUUUCUAUGCAUGUGGAUAAGUAAUGUUGCUACACCCGUCUUAUGUUUUUCACUCGUCCAGCCUAUCUUAAGAACCCUGCGUCCAAAGUCUACAGUCGCACCUUGUUUAAUCAUGGGAAUCGCCUUGGCCAGUUGUAUAGGAGGACUUUCCUCCCCCAUUUCCUCACCUCAAAAUAUCAUUGCGAUUAACCUGAUGAGUCCUAGUCCUGGUUGGGGUAUUUGGUUUUCAGCCGCCAUUCCAUGCGGUGUCAUUAAUGUCGCUACCACAUGGCUUUUACUGCUCUUGUAUUUUCGUCCUGACCGAGAUACACCUCAUCUAAACGUCAUUAAAUCACAAGGGUUUUCACGUCCUACCUAUCAACAAACUUGGGUCUGUAUCGUAUGCUUAGGUACCAUUGCACUUUGGUGUGCUGAAUCCGCUUUAAAUUCAUUUUGGGGUAAUAAUGGUGUGAUUGCUGCAAUCCCCUUUGUUCUCUUGUUUGCCACCAACAUGUUAAAUAAGACGGACUUAAAUAAUUUUUUAUGGUCGGUGGUGACAUUAGCACAAGGUGGCAUGGCUUUGGGGUACGCUGUAGAAUCAUCGGGUCUACUGGAUAUCAUUGGACAUCGUAUUGCCUCCGGUGUCAAUGAAUUAGGAGAUCUUGCCAUCAUCUUUGUGUUUGGAAUGCUUGUCUUGGUGUUUGCCACCUUUGUAAGUCAUACAGUGGCCGCAUUGAUUAUUUUACCGAUUGUCAAGGAAGUGGGGGAGAAAUUACCGAUUCCUCAUCCUAACCUAUUGGUCAUGGUGACUGGAUUAGUAUGUUCUGUGGCAAUGGGACUUCCUGUAUCAGGGUUUCCCAAUAUGAAUGCCAUUAUGCUGGAAGAUCCGACUGGUAUACCGUAUUUGAAAAUUAAGGAUUUUUUACUCUGUGGCAUACCCGCUUCUCUAUUAGCAGCUGUGCUUACCAUUUGUUUAGGGUAUGGAAUUGUAAGCCAAGUUGGAUACUAA